AUGCUUAAAUAUGGAAGACUAAUACUUGCAAGGACAUCGAGAGAAAGCAGAAAGUUUUCGACAUGCCCAACUCUGCGAAAAAAAGUUUCCAAGCAUACUUUAAGUGAAUUAGUAGAGUCGCAGCCAAAACCUGAAAUACACGCAAAAUUAGACAGAGCUGGUGUAUCAACUGGCUCUAUCGUCUUGGAUACAGUACGACAUUAUACAAAAAAAUACCCUUUGUGCGUUUUACUAGUUCAAGUUGGAGACUUUUACGAGCUAUAUGAGUCGCAUGCAAGACAAUAUGCUUCACAACUUGAUCUGAAAUUGACCAAGAAAAUGAUCACAUCGAACAAUACAGUGGAUUUCGCUGGUUUCCCGUCUCGAUCGUUGGAUAGGUAUCUUGAUAUUCUUGUCAAUCGUCUUCAAUGCAAAGUAGCCUUAUGUGAACAAUUAGGUGCUGUUUCUCAGGAGGAUAAAACUGUAGUCGGAAUGGACCGCCGAGUUACUAGAAUAAUUACUCCUGGAACAGUUAUCGAAGAGCGUUUCUUGGCUUCAAAUCAAUACAAUUACCUUUUAUCAAUAUAUCCAAAAGACGGUAAGAUUGGAUUGGCAUGGGUUGAUAUAUCAGUUGGUGAAUUUAUUAUGCAAGAAACGAAUUUAACGAGCCUCAAGGAUGAUCUGGCUAGAAUUCGUCCAAGAGAGGUGAUUUUACCUGAUUCCAUGCGACUGAAAAACCCCGCGUUAGAUGAAGAAUCUGUUUGUCAGGAAACGUAUGAUCCAGUCACUAAGUUGUUAAUCAAUGAUUCUAAUAUUGUCGUCAGUUAUAUGCCGGAUCAGCAAUACGAUGCCCAACUUGCCGGCCGUACAUUUAAUGAGCUUUUUAACCAAAUUACCCAUACUUUGGAGUUUAGCCAGUAUGAGUUGGCAGCUGGCAUGGCAUUGGUCAUGUAUGUAAAUGAGACUCACCUGGAUAGAAAGCCAAAAUGGCAAAAACCCAUCCGUUUUGAUAUACAAGAUUCAGUUUGCAUCGACAGCGCAGCUAUGAACUCCUUAGAGCUUGUGACGAACCUACAAGGUAAAAGGGCUGAUAGCUUAUUAGGAUCGAUUGAUUGUACGUCAACCAGUGCAGGCUCCAGACUUUUGACGCGUUGGGUCUCGUCUCCACCCACUUCCAUCGAAGAGAUAAAAAAACGGCAAGAUAUUGUGAGCUUUUUUGUUGAUGAUUCAUUCUUGUUGGACGAUAUACGCUUAUUACUACGUCAAAGCACAGAUGCUCAAAGAGCUCUGCAAAGACUUGCUUUGAAAAGAGGUCAGCAUUCAGACAUAUUGGAGAUAUAUUAUACUCUUGAUAUCAUGAAAAGAAUUCAUGAACGACUGUGCAAUUUUACUGAGGUGACAGAAUUACUUGAACAAAUUAAUCCGCACCAUCAUAUAGCAUCAAAAAUUAAGGAUACGCUUAAUUUUGAGAAGGUGGAAGCGAAAGAAGUCAAAAACUGGGGGUAUAUACGUUACGAAUCCCAUCCAGAACUAGCCCGAUUACAUACAGAAUUGCAGAGUCUGGAUGAUGAGCGGUUACAACUGCAAGAUAAUUUACGAAGUUUAUGUGGGAAUUCAGUAUCGUUACAUACGGAAGGGUCUUUAAAGCAUGUAAUUGAAGUGAAUGCAAGGCAAGCGAGUCAGCUUUUGAUGAGAUUUCCCAACGCAAUCCCUCUGAACCAGACGAAAAGCAAAAAGCGAUUUCAGGUUCAAGAAUGGAUGGAUAUCUCUGUACGUUUGGAAGAUAUACAAUCACAAAUUGGCGACCUUGAAAAAAAGAUAUUUGAGGAAAUGGUCGAAAGUGUAUUAGACGACAGCACAACAAUUUUACGAAGCUGUAGAAAACUUGCCGAGUUGGAUGUUCUUAGUUCAUUUGCGUAUGCUGCAAACAAGUAUAAUUAUGUGCGUCCACGCUUGAUGAAGUCCAGUCGGACUUUAAUCAAAGGUGGAAGGCAUCCCGUUGUAGAGAUCAAUUUAGCAAAGAAAGGGCGGUCAUUUGUGAACAAUAACUGUGAUGUAGGUGGAGAUCAAAAAAUUUGGCUAUUGACAGGGCCGAACAUGGGCGGCAAAAGUACUUUUAUAAGACAACAUGCUAUCAUUGUUCUUAUGGCUCAUAUGGGCUGCUUCGUUCCAGCGGAUAGCGCUUGGAUUGGAAUAACGGAUAAAAUAUUCAGUCGUGUUGGUGCAGCGGACAAUCUAGCACAGAACCAGUCGACUUUCAUGGUGGAAAUGUCGGAAGUGUCAACCAUACUACAGCAAGCGACUUCAAAAUCAACAGUCAUCAUGGAUGAAGUUGGGAGAGGUACUUCGACAAAAGACGGCUUCUCUAUAGCAUUUGGAAUUCUCGACCAUUUGCAUAACAAGAUAAAGUGUCGAACACUUUUUGCAACUCAUUAUCAUGAAUUGGCAGAUGUUACGAAGGAUUACAAACACAUGAAGUGCUUCCAUACGAGAAUUGAAGAGAAUCCCCAAGGUGGUUUCAGGUUCAUUCAUAAAGUCGAACCAGGAGUUUGCAGGCAAUCGCAUGGUUUGAAAGUGGCCAAAAUAGCAGGACUUCCGUCAACCGUAAUUGAUAAAGCGGCGGCAAUGCGGCAACAAUUGGAUACAGAACAGCAGUCCUCCAACGGCGUUUUUUUGUUAAACGCGAAGAACUCUCACUUAUAA